AUGCGUACACCGGACUCUACAUACAGUGGCUUCUUGUCCCUGCCAACCGAAAUACGAUGUCAUGUCUACGAUUAUCUACUCUCCGAACCACAGACCGUCACUGUUAGUGCUGGAUACUUGACAUGCUUUGGCAAUCGUAUACUGGACACGGCACGGAAAAGCGAAAUCCCUGGUCUUCCCACCAGUCUCACCCCCAUGGCCCGCCGCUGCCACGACGAAUCCCUCCUCGCCGUCGCGACGCCUCCGACUAUUCCGAUUGAUCAUGGGCGUGAAAACGUGGACGACGAUGCGGGCGAGAAGCUCGGUUUCCCAGCUUCGGUUGCGUUGCUGCUGACAUCUCAUCUGAUCAACGACGAGAUGACCGACUGUAUGCGUAGACGCAAACGGCUCGCGGAAGCCCGUUCCAAGAAAGAUGCAGAUGGUGUCAUUCAGGAUGACGCCGACGAUGAGGGAGGGCUGACACUUUACGUGUCAUACCCAUACGGUGUUUUGGUCUUGAAGAGCUUGUACCCGUACUUGUUGAAGCAGGCACGGAGAGUAUAUGUGUCUGGAUACUACACUCCUCCUGGCGAAAUCGAGCCUCUGGACACGAGCAAUGACGAAGGCUUGACACCAAAUAGUAGUCUUGCAGCGACGUCAUUCAAUACCCCGGCUUCGGGGCCCUCGCCGACUCUUGUACGCCCAUCUAGCAACUCCACAAGACGACCAGCUCGUCAAGGUCAACCCAGCAAUCCCGCACCUCGCCCUCGCCUACGUGUAUCCGACAUACGGCUCCCCAGUGAAAUUCGCCAGAUGAGCCAGAUCCGCGCUUUAUUCCCGUCAUUCUCCAGUUCCACCUCCGAACACGCGCCCGCUGCCCUUGCAGACCUCAUCUUGACCGUCUUCUCUAAAAACCCGACAACCCUCACAAAGCUCACGGCUCGCAUACUCUUCCCUGGCGAGAACACCUACGGCAGCGUCUGGGGCGACGACAACAGUCCCGUCACACAUAUACUGCGGAAUAUAAGCGGCGGCAAGAUUGACAUGAAGGUGUUACGCGGUGCUCUGGGGACUGGGCUCAGGCUAACGGCGAGGCCAAAACGUGAUACAAGGAUUGUGAGUACCAGCUGGGUGAAUUGGAAGAAAGGGCUGGUGCCAAGAGGCAGGCGAGGCAACAUGUUGGUCGAGGGGAAACUGGGUACCGAGGAUCUGGAUACUUUCCUAGUAGGAAACUGGAAUGGAGCAUAGAGGGGUCGCAUUGUUGU